GCGAAGCGCAACAAGGAUCUCACGGCGAGGCCCAGCGGCGACCUGCACCUGGUUCCGGGCUGGCUGGGAGCGGAGGAGGCGCCGACACGGACCAGCUUCUGCAAGCUGGACGCUUCGCAGCCCAUGUACAUCGAGGUGCACCAGCAGUCGUCCCACGAGGACAUCAACACCAACACCAUCAAUAUCAACAGGUCCUGUGCAGCGACCCCCCCCCGCCCCCAGGGCUCGCCGCGGUCCUCCACGAGGGAGUGGGCCCUCGAGGCGGCCUCGCCGGAGACGGGCGUGGAGUCGCCGCAGUGGGUGCGCGUAUUGGAGAGCUGCAGGUACGCCAGCCUCUGA